GAAGAAGAAGAAAGCAGAGGAGAAAAGGGAGAGGAAGUAAAAAAAAAGUGACUCCCUCCGUCCAGAUAAUCACAGAGGAGCCCCUUUGGAGCCUGUGUCCGACACCCGCGGUGAUGUCGGAUUCCCCGGACGCCCACAGCCUGCUGUCGGCCUCCUCUCAGCUCACCGUGAUGGAGGUGGACGCGAUUGAUGAUAAGGAGUUUGACAUUCCCCAAGUGGACACACCUCCUACGCUGGAGAGCAUCCUCAGUGAGCUGGAGGAAGAGGAGGAGCCGUUUUUACUGGAGGAUACUUGUAUGCUGAACACAGACAACAUUGACGCUCACUCCUGUGACACCUCGUCUCUGGCCAGCUCUGACAGUGGAGACCCAGCACAUCUCAAAAGGAAGAAGAAAACAAUGGAUGUGAAUACAACAGUUCAUGGAUCCGUCCUUCGCCACAGCCUACUGAAGGGCAUCUCUGCACAGAUCGUCUCUGCUGCUGACAAAGUUGAUGCUGGCCUGCCAACUGCUAUAACGGUGUCUGGUGUGAUUGUUGUGGGAACGUCACAUGGUCUGGCUCUGGUCUUUGGAAAAGACACCAACCAGGCUCUGAGACUCUGUCUGGGAACCAAGACCACCGGAGCAGAGUUUGGAGCUGUCUCUGCUCUCACCAUCAACCAUGACUGCUCACGACUUCUUUGUGGCUUCGCCAAAGGACAGAUCACAAUGUGGGAUCUGGCCAAUGGAAAGCUUCUAAGAACCAUCACUGAUGCACACCCACCUGGGACGGCAAUUCUGCAUGUGAAGUUCACAGAUGACCCAACUUUGGCAGUUUGCAAUGACAGUGGAGGAUCAGUUUUCGAGCUCGCGUUUCGGAGGGUGAUGGGGAUGCGAUCCUGUGACUCUCGAUGCCUCUUCAGUGGUUCUAAAGGGGAGGUCUGCUGCAUCGAACCGCUGCGUGCUCCCUCAGACUUCAGAGACCAUCCCAUCACACACUACUCUCUGCUGGCUAUGGCUUCUCUCACUAAGAUUCUGGUCAUAGGACUGAAGCCAUCCCUAAAAGUUUGGAUGACUUUUCCCUACAGCAAGUCGGAUCCAUCCAGUGUUCCUCAGCUAGCUUGGCAGUUUGUUCCUGUUCAGAAGAUAGUUAACCCUAUUCUGGCAUUUUGUAAAGGAGACACAGUUCACUUUCUCCUGGUGAAGAAAGAGGAGAGUGGAACCAUCCAUGUCAUCAAACAGAGACAACUCCAAAUCAGUUGUGACAUCAUCAGCCUGAGUUGGAUAAACAGUCGUACGCUGGUCCUGGUUGAUAGCCAUGAGAAGCUGCAGGUCUUGGACAGGCCUAGUCAGGAGGUUUUGGAGAUCAUGGAUUUGGAACAAGUGCAGCUGGUCUACAACAGCCGACAUUUCAAAUCGCUGGCCACAGGAGGGAACGUGUCCCAGGCACUGGCGUUGGUUGGAGAAAAAGCCUGCUACCAGUCCGUCUCAAGCUAUGCAGGACAGAUCAUCUAUUUGGGGACUAAGUCAGCUCACAUUAUGACUCUAAGGACCUGGAGAGAGCGAAUUGACUGCCUGCUGAAGCAGGAGAACUUUGUCGAGGCUUUGUCUUUGGCAUGGUCCUUCCAUGAAGGAACUGCUAAAGCUGUUGUUGGCAUGUUUGGAGAUCCAGUAAAAAGGAAGGGAGUGGUAGGUGAUAAGAUGGUCGAGAUCCUUUUUCAGUUUACGGAGCAUGCAUUGAGGAAGUGUCCAGAACAGGGCAAGAUCCAAGUAAUGGAGCAACAUUUUCAUGAUGUGAUUCCUGUCCUGGUGGAUUACUGCCUGCUGCUACAGCGGCUUGACCUGUUGUUCAACCAACUCUAUGCUCGGCUUGUGGAGAAUGUCGUUGCUAAGGGCGUGUUUCUGGAGUUACUGGAGUCGUACAUCGUAGCUGACCGCCUUGGUCAUCUAACCACACCAAUCAUGAGGGACCUCCUUGCACAUUACCAUGGCAACGGUAUGAUGGAUAGUCUAGAGCGAUGCAUUGUCCAUCUAGAUGUUACCAGCCUGGACAUACAACAGGUGGUUAAGGUGUGUUGGGACAACCAACUAUACGACGCGAUGAUAUACGUUUUUAACAGUGGAAUGAAUGACUAUAUUACACCUUUGGAGAAACUGUUUGCAAUGAUUGGCCCACCACUUAAAGAGGGAAGGAGCCUUACAGAUGAAGAAGUUGUGAUGGGAAACAAAGUCCUUGUGUAUAUAAGUUGCUGUCUUGCAGGAAGGGCCUACCCUUUAGGAGACAUUCCUGAAGAUCUUGUGGUUCAGGUUAAGAACCAGGUAUUUGAGUUUCUGAUCCGCUUGCAUUCAGUCGACUCAUCAGAGGAAGAGGCAGUUUUCCCAUUUAUUCGUACUCUUCUUCACUUUGAUACACGGGAAUUCCUCAAUGUCCUCGCCAUGACAUUUGAAGACUUUAAGAAUGACAAGCAGGCACUUGAGUACCAACAGAGGAUCGUGGACAUCUUACUCCAGGUGAUGGUGGACAACCCAGACUUUACUCCCUCCCAGGUGGGCGGGCUCUUCACCUUUUUAGCUCGCCAGCUGGCCAAACCAGACAACACACUCUUUGUUAACAGGAAGCUCUUUGAUCAGGUUCUUGAGUUUCUUUGUAGUCCGGUUGAUGACUCUCGACACACUGAAAGGCAGCAGGUUCUGCUGGAGCUGCUGCAUGUUGGCAGUGUGGUCCACUUUGAUGAACAAAGGCUGUUGACUUUGGCAGAGAAGGCCAAGUUCUACCAAAUCUGCGAGUUUCUGUAUGAGAAGAAACAUCUAUAUGAUCGAAUCAUUGACUGCUACCUGAGAGAUCCCCUCAGAAAGGGGGAAAUCUUCAGCUACAUUCACAAUCUGCUGUCCAUGCCUGGCUAUAGUCCUGAGGAGAAACAAACUGUCAGGGAGAAAUCACUACAGCGCAUACAGGAGUUGGUGACUCUUGAUCCCUACAAGUCAGCCGACCUUGUGGUAUUUCACUUCUCUGAGGAGGUGCAGCAAAUAAUCUCUGAGCUUCAGGACGACCAGCUGCUGUUUAACUUUCUAAGUUGCCUUCUUGGACCAAGAGAAUCCCCACAUCUACAGACCAUCCUAUCUGAGGACCUGGACCUCCAUGACCUUCUGCUGGACUUACUCUGCCGCUUCGCCCCCCAGAAGCUCCUUACCUUCCUUCAAACCUCUCAACAUUACAGACUUGAAGAGGCUGUACAGAUAACAGAGAAGUACCAUCAUAGUGAAGCAACGGCCUUUUUGCUGGAGAAGAAGGGAGAUGUUCAUGGAGCUUUUACUGUCCUAUUAGAGACCUUAACAGAAAAACUGAGCCUCCUGUCUUCUGUGAUUGAUGGAAGUGGUGGAGAAGAUGGAGGAGAGGAAGAACAGCAGAGAGACAUGGACUCAAACCUGACAAGGGUAGAGGACUCACUGAACAACAUCAUUGACUUGUGUCAUCGAAGCUCUCACAACCUCACCCAGCAACAAAGAGAGGCUCUCUGGUUUCCAUUGCUUGAGACCAUGAUGGCUUCACAAAAGCUGGUGAAGGGAGUCAGUGCUAAACAAACCUCAGAAGUGUUGAAGGAACUGACAAUGAAGGUCCUUAAUAGCAUGAGCAGCUUUAUUUCUCUGCCUGCCAUCAUCCAAAGAAUCCUGCAGGACCCAGUCUAUGGCAGAGGGAAACUUUCAGAGAUUCAAGGCCUCAUCCUGGGAAUGCUGGACACCUUUAACUAUGAGCAGACGUUACUUGAAACAACUACUAGUCUGUUGAACCAUGACCUCCACUGGUCCCUGGCACAUCUGCAUGCUGCAGUGACGAGGGGACUCCACCCAAGACAAGACCACUGUAACAUCUGCUUACAACAGUACAAGAGGAGGCAGGACUCAGCUGAGGAGAUCAUUGUGUUUAGCUGUGGUCACCUGUACCACUUCCAGUGCCUGCAGCAGAAAGGCUGUGGAUGGGGAGUUUCAGAGCAGCAGCAGCAGUGGAGCUGCUACAAAUGUUCGUCCAGCCAGGGAGGAAGAGCCAUGCCUACCACCGAACUGAAAAGGGGACGCAGUACCUCCUUAGCACAGACUCGAGUCACUUCAGUUCAUCAUGAUGCAGAUGCACAGACUCAAAGGAAGAAGGUGUUUGUGGAGACAACAUUAGACCUUCAGCAGGAACAGUCCUGGGAUCAGCUACGUUGUUUAUACCGAGGACCAUCAAGGUUGUCCAUCCUUUCAGAGCUCUCUCACUGCCAUGGCCAUGAGAAGACUGGUCCUCUCAUCACAGCCCAGCCCGGAACUGAGAAUUUCCAGCUGAAGCUCGCUCCUCCACCAAUGGUGGAAGAGUAAGGGCCCAAUUCCUGGAUUUUCUUGAAUUGUCCAGAAAUCAGUCAAGUAGGAUUAAUGACAGAGCAUUCUACACCAACACUGGAGAUUUUUCUGAUUUUUCUCACUCAUGUAUGUAACAUCUACUACCAUUUUCAGUGCAAUCAGGUUUCCAGGGAAUUUCAAGACAUGAUUAUUGAAGGCAGACUUCAUUACCUGUCCCUCUAACAUUUUCCCAGAAUCCUUAAUUUGAUCUUUUUUUGCACUACUAUUGCACUAACAUUUUUAACAUCGGGAAAUUCUACAAAACCUGGAAGUGAUCCCAAAUGUAUAUUUCAUAAAAGUAAAUUGAUUGCCCUUCAUUUACUGAGUUGUUUUAUGUUUUUUGUUCUUCCACCUCAGUCUUUUAUAAAAUAUUGUUUGAGUGAAAUAAAUUCUGAGAUUGGAUGAACAGAAAAAAUUAUUAUAAUAAUGACCAAAUUUUUGUGAAAGGAUUAAGUUAGGUAGUUGUUCAUUAAGCACUGCAUAUUUGCCUGUUUGUGAUUUAUGUUUUAAAUAGUAAUCAUUAUGAAAUUGCACUCAAAUGUACAUGGUUAAUGUUUUUUUUUCUGGAUUUUUUAAUUGAUAGUCUGUCUCUGUUAAAAUAAACCUGCCAUAAAAAUGA